GUCCGGGGCCCCCUGCAUGUCUGUAUGAGUUUCUGCCCUUUUGAAUCCUCUUUUUCCCUUCCAUCUUUCGUCUCCUGGGGAUUUUAUUUCUUGAUGAGUGAUCGUUCGGAUAUUGGGUUGAUUUUGACGUUUGGAGCCUCACUCGCCGUCUUGCGAACACUGCAUAUACGCGGAUAGAGCAACAGGCAGUCGACAACGACAAUCGAGUCAUUGUAGCAUCUGCUUACAAAGUCGAGAACGAGACAGCGACAAUGUCGGCCGUGACACUGGACUCGAACGUUUGGUACGCCAUCUCAGAGGGGCGUGUCGCGAACGUCUCAACACCACUCAACAACAACCUGCAAGAUACCAACAAUGGCCUCAGGGUUUUCGGCAAGACAGAUGCGGUGUGGCAAUUUCAGCCAGUGCCAAAUCACACCGGCCGGUAUCUCAUGAGACUGAGCUCGGCCGGCGUGAGCCAACAGCUUUCCGUGUGCUGGAGCUCGGCGGAGGUGCAUCCUAGUGGCACAAGAGGGUGCUUGAGAAAAACGGAGUCGGAUGAGACUCAGCAAUGGGACGUUACUGAAUGGGCAAGCGAACCAGGCACAUACAAGUUCACCAAUGUUGCAAAUGGCACAGGCUAUGUGCUCGAUGUUCACCCAGGAUCCAAUCUCUUCAUGUCGAGCGAGAUUGAGGGCUCCGAUAAUGUUUCGGCUCGUCAACCUGCUCAGCACUGGAUUAUGACAAGCUCAAAAGCUGUCAACGAUGGUGCCUAUUCCACCAUCUAUUCAGCAGACACUACCCCCGUUAGCACUGGUUCGGCAACAGCCACAGCAACCGGCACAGGAUCGGGCGCCGUCACUCCUACAGCUACCAGCGGGUCCGCCACCGCAAGCUCCACAGCGGGAGCAGGAUCGUCCUCAGGAGGCCUAUCGUCGGGCGCCGCCGCCGGCAUCGGUGUGGGCGUUUCCCUCGGGGCCAUCGCGCUCCUAGGUGCUGGCUUCUUCUUCUGGUGGCGUCGCAGAAAGGCCAAGAAGGAGGCAGUUGUCGAGCCGAGCGAACAUCACCACGAGCUUGGCCACGAUGGCAGCACGGUCGGUGGAAAACACAGCCCCGGUACGAUCAACGCCUCGACACUUUCUUCGCCUUCGCCAGCAAACGAUUACUACGGCGGACAAGAGUCGAAGGUUCUUGGCCAUACACAGCCGCACUCAUACGCUGCCGAAGCCAACGCAAAUCCAAUCUACGAAGCUCCCACCGAGGCCCGGUACGAAUUGGACUCAGGACACCAUACAUCACCCACUGGCCCAGCUCAACUCCCUGACGACCAUGGAAGAAGAUGAAAACAGAACGAUGGAAUGAAACUGCAAUACGAUGGAAUCGGCGUGGUGGGGACUUGGGCAUAAGAGCGUUCUCUUCCUUUUAUAUACCAUUCAGUGCCAG